GCGACUGGGCGGCGGGCUCGCGGCCGGACCGGCUCGGGGCGGUUGCCGAGCGCUUCCGGUGCUUGUGGUCAUUUGUCCUGGUGGUACCAUAGGACACCGUGUUCAAUGGCCUCCCUGGUGGCGUACGAAGAUUCUGACUCCGAGGCCGAUCCUGAGCCUGGUGGAGGUGGGAGGACUGCUGGCUGGGACUGCUGGGGUGCAGCUGCGCCCUCUGGGACAGGUGUCACAUCUGCUGCAGCACAGCUGAGGUGCCAGGGGCUGCCGUGCCUGGAUCCCCGUCCUUCUGCAGAUGCCAGGCAGCACCAACUCCCGAAGGCUCGGCUGUGGGACAGUGGGCGAGGCUGCAGCCCCAGCCCCAGGCUGCAGUGGCCCGGGAAGGACCCGAAGGCUGCUCAUCCUGCUCAGGCGCCUCCCCGACCCAAGUCCUCAUCGCUGUGGGCCACCUGUGCCCCUGCUGCACCCCUGGCUGCUGCCGCCCAGAAGCACCUCCGAUCCCCCGGGACUGCUCCCGCCUCCUGGGCCCAGGAUGAGGCCACAGCCCCUGGCAGCUAUAUUGGGCCCCUGCACAAGCGCAGCAGUAGUGAGGACUGUGUGGUCCCCUACAUCCCCAAGAGGCUGAGGCAUCAGCAGGCGGCAGGCACUGAGCUGGGCCAGGAGCCACAGGGACCCCCAGAGGGCAGUGCCCCCGCCCCGCUACGCCUGCCCCCUGGGGCCUCAGAGGUGAUCCAGCCGCAUCUGAGCAGCCCGCGCAGGGAGACCCGGGUGCCCAGGACCGUGCUGUGCCAGCUGCGGGGCCACCAGGGCCCAGUCAAUGGCAUCCAGUGGUGCCCGGUUCCAGCCCGCAGCCAGCUGCUGCUCUCGGCCUCCAUGGACCGGACUUUCAAGGUGUGGGACGCUGUGGACUUGGGACGCUGCCUGCAGACCUACACCCCACACAGCGAGGCAGUGCGGGCUGCCCAGUGGUCUCCCUGUGGCCAGCGCAUCCUCAGUGGCGGCUUCGACUUCACCCUGCACCUGACAGACCUCGAAACAGGAACCCAGCUGUUCAGUGGCAGGAGCGACUUUAGGGUCACCACCUUGAAAUUUUACCCGAAAGACCACAACAUUUUUUUAUGUGGAGGCUUCAGCUCUGAAAUCAAGGCUUGGGACGUAAGGACCGGCAAGGUGGUGAGAGGCUACAAGGCGACCAUCCAGCAGACCCUGGACAUCCUCUUCCUGCAGGAAGGCUCUGAGUUCCUGAGCAGCACGGAUGCUUCCACCCGGGACUCUGCAGACCGCACCAUUAUAGCCUGGGACUUCCGGACCUCUGCCAAAAUCUCCAACCAGAUUUUCCACGAGAGGUACACCUGCCCCAGCCUCGCCCUGCACCCUCGGGAGCCUGUGUUCCUAGCACAGACCAACGGCAACUACCUGGCCCUCUUCUCUGCGGUGUGGCCCUACAGGAUGAGCAGACGGCGGCGCUACGAAGGGCACAAGGUGGAAGGCUACGCCGUGGGCUGUGAGUGCUCCCCCUGCGGUGACCUGCUGGUGACAGGCAGCGCUGAUGGCCGGGUCUUGAUGUUCAGUUUCCGUACUGCCAGCCGGGCAUGUACCCUGCAGGGACACACUCAGGCCUGCGUGGGCACCACCUACCACCCCGUGCUGCCCUCUGUCCUUGGCACCUGCUCCUGGGGAGGUGACAUCAAGAUAUGGCACUGACGCCAGCCCGGCCUGACCAGAGGUGAGCUGGCACUGGAGAGAACUUUGGGCCAGCCCCCUCAGCAUGGACUGCCUCAGUUUCUGCCUUGGUCUCAGGGGUUGUGAGGGUCACGUAAAUGAAAGCACCUGCCAGGUGUGG